GUGAAAGUAAACCUUUGUUGGUGUGUUGGAGACGUGUCUGCUGCGUUUCCAUCGAUGAGCGGUUUAAAUACAGAUAAUCUGAACGCAUCUGAACGCAUUCGACCACAUCUUAGGUGAGAGAGAUGUCCGGGCACGACCAACGCAACGACAGCUCCCAGAUGAAAGACCUGCUUCAGCCUGAAAGAGAGCACAAAGAGAGCUCAGAUCAGACCGCCUGCUGCUCCACCUCCACCUCCACCACCACCUCCCCCACCUCCUCCUACACCGCUGCUGCACCCUCCAGUACUGCAGAUGUGAGUGUCCGACAGGUGGAGGUGUGUGAGGCGGCGAGGACGCAGAGCGAUGACGUCACUUCAUCAAGUUGUCCUCUGGACGAUCUGAAGUAUCUUCGUCAGUGUGACAACAAACUGGGAAGACUGAACUUCAGCCAGACGCACGCCAUCCUCGUAGACGUGACUGUUUUCAACUGUGGAGCAGGACUUGUGCCUCAGAAAGGGCCGGACAUGUGGAAUAGUAACUUUGUGAAAAUGCCGACUUCAGCAUCGAGCGUCUUCGUUAAGUCUGGAUUCUUAAAGCCUUCCCAGAAGAGGAGGUGGGAGGAGAUCUCCAAGCAGCUGAGCGCUCUGGCCAAGAAGAACACAGCGAGCGUGGAUGAUGUGGAGGAAGCCAUCAUGAAAUAUAACCCCAAGUAUAAAGGCCAGUGGUCCUUUGACACCCUCUCCAGCUUGGUGAAGAUUGUCCCAAAAGCAGAAAACUACUACCCAAAACUGUUUCCAAAGAUUGCAGAGUUGGCUUUGAGUCUUCCAGAUUAUGUGCAGAAGGCCAUCCCGCUGCUUCGGAGGGGCCAACCUGCAUCCAUCACGCUGUCACAGGUCCAGAUUUCCUGCCUGCUCGCCAAUGCUUUCUUCUGCACCUUCCCUCACCGAAACACGACCGGUCCCAACGCAGAGUACAAGAACUUCACCUCCAUCAACUUUUCCAGGCUGUUUGGACAGACGUGCCACCAGAAGAAAGAGAAGCUGAGGGCUCUCCUGCAUUACUUCCAUGUCGUUACAGACGAGAACACUAAACCAAAAGGACUGGUGACGUUUGAGAGACGAUGCCUUAAAGACUUACCCAACUGGAGAAGCUGUAAAGAGAAGAUGAAUAAACUCCACGUCACGUCACGCGGCGCCAUCGAGACCGAAGGAACCGGUUUGCUCCAGGUCGACUUCGCCUCCAGCUGGAUCGGAGGAGGUGUUCUGAGUUCUGGUCUGGUGCAGGAGGAGAUCCUGUUCAUCAUGAAUCCAGAGCUGAUCGUGUCCCGACUCUUCACUGAGAAACUCGCAGACAACGAGUGUUUGAUCGUUACAGGCUCUCAGCAGUUCAGCUGUUACUCCGGUUACAAAGACAGCUUUGAGUGGGCCGGACCUCACGAGGACCGCCUGCAGAGAGACCGGUGGUCUCGGCUGAACAGGCAGAUCUUGGCCAUCGACGCUCAGCACUUCAGAAACCGGAGGGAUCAAUACGACAUGAUCAGCAUCACACGGGAACUCAACAAGGCGUACUGUGGGUUUAAGAGUGACAACCACAACGAGCCCGACAUCGCCACGGGUAAAUGGGGCUGCGGAGCGUUCAACGGAGACCCUCAGCUCAAAGCUGUGAUCCAGCUGAUGGCGGCGGCGAUGGCGAGGAGAGGAUUGGCCUUCUUCACCUUCAAAGACGAGAAGCUGAAGGAAGGUCUGCAGCGAACGCAUCACCUGCUGGUCACAGAGGGAGUCACAGUCGACAAACUGUUCGGACUCCUGGAGGACUUCUGUGCUGCUCAGGAUGCGUCCAGCAGGUCUGGUGUGGAUCUGUUCCAGUUAAUCAGGAACCAGUUCAGGACCUCCAAGAGUCAGCUGUGAGGGCGCAUUCAAGUCCACGUCAGCAUAAUUUGCACUAAAAUCGUAACAGGAAUGUUUUUACGACAGAAAUGAAGAAAUUGAUUCAUAAUUCUUCUUGAUUGUUCAGAUCAUUUUUUUGUAUUUGUACGUUAAUGGUCGACAGCGUAGCGAUGGAUGUGAAAUGUGUCUAAUAAACGGUAUGAGCUA